AUGAAUAAGUUUUAUCGUGGUUAUGGCAGGCAAGAAGGGUUUGGUAUUGUGUGUAUAGGUGGUGGGAAGCCAGCCUUCAAAAAUGCGGGAAAGGCAAAUUCAUAUCGCAUUUAUGUAUGGAAGUGCGAGUGCUAUGGGAAGACAACAUUCAGAAGGAGGGUUAAUGGUAAGAGGGUUGUGGUUAAGGAAGAACCAGUGGUGAGGAAGAAGACUAAAAAAUGCGAUUGUCCAGUUAUGAUGCACGGGCAAGACAAAGCAAUGGAAAAGCCCUCGGCCACAAGGAAGCCGGCUGUAUCUGCUGCUCGAUACAGGUCGAAUGUCCUAAACAGGGCAGAAGUAACCACUCACACCAAAGUGGACGAGCAGAAAACUGGCGGCACCUCCAAGGGUGUGCCUUCCAAAUCUCCUUCAAAACCAUCCGACCCUAAAAUCCAAAAGACUAGGGCGGGUGAUGUGAGCGCAUCCGGCAAGGGCGGCCGGAAGCACAUUGCUCAUAGGCCCAAGAAGGGCCUAGACGCCUCUUCUCUCGAAGCUGAAAAGGAGAUCAGCAAACCGGAUGCCCAGAGGGCAUCGAAGGGUGGCUUUAAGCAACCCACCACUGCUGUCGGCUCAGCAGGAGAGAAGAGGAGCCUGGGGAGAGAGGAGGAGCAGAAGGACGACGUUCCUGUGCAGAGGCCGACUGUAGUCCAGAUGGCCAAGUCCAUGCUGAGGGCGGUUGAUCCUGACGACAAGGCGUCUGUCAGAGGAGUCGGCACCCUUGACUUGGAUGGCAUCUUAGGGAACCUCUGCGAGGCCAUGCUGCGCGUCCAAGGGCUCAGGCAACCCCUCAAGGAGAAAUCCAAAGAGGUAACAAUCGCUAAAGCUCGAGCCGAGUCCGCCUUGGAUCGGGCUCAAUUUGAUAUUGCUCAGAAUGAGUAUCUAACGCUUGAUAUGAUGUAUUCACAGGCGGAAGCCAAGAUGCAGGUGAAGAAGGACCUGGACUCGGCCCGCGUGCGCAUCACUUCCCUUAAGAAAGAGAUUACAACUCUUAAGGAGAAGCUCGAGCCUCUUCAAGAUGUCAAAGAAGAGGCCGAGAGAGCCAAGCAAAAGGUGGGCCGCCUGGAGCAGCGCCUCAGCAACCAGGAGCAUCAGCUGAAGUCCAAGUUUGAGUCCGUGGCUGAUCAAGAGAGAGAAGCUCUUGUUAAGCAAAUGAUGAUUGAUUAUGAAGCCAUCAUGCGGGACACUUGGGCGGCUGUACAGCCGGACUCGGACUAUCAGAUUUGGAAAUCCAAAUUUGACGAAGCCAGCAAAGCAUUCGACGCUCGCCUUAUUGAAGAGGCUGAGAAUGCUGAGGCCGAGGAAAGUUCUGGGUCCGACUCUUCUGGGGAGUCGUCCUCUGGUGGCGAGGAGGAGGAGGAUCAGGCGGAGGAGCAAGAGAGAAAGGAUGAAGAGCAGCCGAAGGACGACAGGUCGGCUGCCACUGAAGAGGCUCUCCCCUGA